CAACAGUGGAACUGGAAGCUAAAGCUGGAUGGAGAAUAAAUAGCAGUGGCUUUAAGAAGAGCCAAAAAUGGACCGUCUCAACGAGCAAAAUCCUCACUGUGCAUAAAGUUGUUGUGCAUGUAGUGUGCAGUAUGGUUUGACCAAUGAUGCAGCAAUAGCAUUUUUAUAAGUGAAGGAGUCUGUGCAGAUGAGAUAACCUGGUGGAGAUUGUGAAGCCGAACAUCAGAAGAUUCUUCAGCAAAACAUCAGGACGGAUACCAAACAGCUCUGGCAGAUGCGUCUGGUCCGCCCCCGCUUUGGACAGAUUUCCAGCAACUUGAGAUGUGACGAGCCAAUCACAACCGUUAAUCUAAUACGGAGAGUGUUUGAGACAAUGACUGUAAAGAGAAGCGCCAUUGAGGAACUUUCGAAGAUUCCUGUUGUUUCAGAUGCAGUGAUGGUCUGCUGUAGAAACCAGAUUAUGUGGCCUCAGCUAUGAUCUCCACCUCUUAUAACAAAUCUUUAACACUCUGGAUGACCAUCAGACCUACCGCUCGCCCUCUGACCUUAAAUGUAAUUAAGGUCAGACUCCCUAUUCCUGCUGUAAUGGAGAAUCCCAGCCUGCUGUCCUUCGUCGUGGCCUUGCUGGGUUUUCUGAGCCCAUGUCUGACUAGGCUGACUCCCAGAGUCUCCUUCCCUAUAGGUAGUCCUGGGAGACAUCUCACCCGCUUCAGCAGCCAUGAUGUCAGCAACACCACUACACUGCUGCUCAGCGAGGAUGGAGACAUGCUGUAUGUUGGAGCCCGGGAUGCUGUGUUAGCACUGGAUGUUAGCCAGAGGGACGCCAUCGUACUGAGGAGUAAGCUGGACUGGAGCCCCUCAGAGAAAGACCUUCAACAAUGUUCCAUGAAAGGCAAAAAAAUGGCCGACUGUCCCAAUUUUAUCCGUGUACUGCAGUUCUUGAACACCACCCACAUCUAUGCCUGUGGAACAUUUGCCUUCAGUCCACGCUGCACAUACAUUAACUCAGAGAUGUUAACGAUGAGCCUCAAGCCUGAUGAAGGAAGAGGUCGCUGCCCCUAUGACCCCUUCCAACGCAACACUGCCAUAAUCGUAGAUGGAGAGCUUUAUACCGGGACAGUUGCAGACUACAGGGGGAACCGGCCAGUCAUUUCACGGCACCUCAGCGAGGGCAGGCGUGUUGACCUGAAGUUGGAUGAUACAUUAGGAUGGCUGGAGGAUCCAACCUUCAUCAGCUCCAGUUUCAUUCCUGAUGAGGAGAAAAUCUACUUCUUCUUCAGUGAAGUGGGCAGAGAGUACGACUUCAUUGAUAAAUUUAUUGUUUCUCGUGUUUCUCAGAUCUGCAUGAGUGACAUUGGAGGUCAGCGGACCUUGCAGCGACGCUGGACCACGUUUGCCAAAGCUCAGCUGUUGUGCCAGGCUGACAAUGAGCUGCCCUACAAUGUGAUCCAGGACAUAGACACCCUCCCACCAGCAGAGGGCGCUUCUGCAGAUGACACACUUUUUUAUGGCAUCUUCACCUCCCAGUGGUCUGUCAACUCUGGACGGUCAGUCGUGUGUUCAUUCCGCCUGUCUGACAUUAAAUCAGUUUUCUCUGGUAACUACAAAGUCCUGAACCGGGACACAUUACAGUGGAGCACACGGGUUCAAGAGAAGGUCGCAAAUCCAGGAGAGUGUGGCCUCCACAACGCAUCUGACAACGCCCUGCGCUUCGUCAAAGAAAACUUUCUAGCAGAUGACAGUGUGCGACCGGUUGGAAGAAGUCUGACCAUGGUGUCUGCUGAGCACAAAUACAGCCAUCUGACUGUGCAGAGAGUCCAGGCUGCCAACAACAGAGACUACACUGUCCUGUUUCUGCUAACAGAGUCUGGUUACCUGCACAAAGCUGUGCUGCUGCAGAGUGGAGCCCACAUCAUAGAGGAGGUCCAAGUUUUUGAGCAGCCUCAGCCUGUCAAGAGCCUGAAGCUCUCCGUAACAAAGGGUGUGAUAUACGUUGGCACAUCAGAGGGUGUGGUGAGGGUUCCAACAGCAAACUGCUCCUUCUACUGGACCUGUCCUCAGUGUGUCCUGGCGCGAGACCCCUUCUGUGGUUGGGACUCUGUCAGCCGGGCUUGUGUGGAGGCCUCAAACACCCAGACCAGUCUUGGCCAGGACGUAGAUCGAGGGAACGUUGAGGAGGCAUGCAACAGUGUUGCAUUUACACAUACAGCCAGAUUUGGUCCAAACAAAAUGCCUGCAGGUGAGCUGCUGUCAGUGUCUCUGAAUGAAGUGGUGCGGCUUCAGUGUCCUGCAGCGUCGCAGCUCUCCCAGCAGCUGUGGGAGCGACCGAACAGCCGGCUGUCCUCAGAGCUUUACCUGCACCUGGAGGACGGGAGUCUGAGCUUUGUCGCCACCCCUGCCACGCUGGGCCACUACCUCUGCCUGUCCACUGAGAAUGGAUACCAACAGACUAUGGCCAUCUAUCAUGUAAAACAGAAGAGCAGCCCCGUGGUUCAAACUCCAGUCAGCUACACCCGGCCUCAGACACACCCCAUACCCACCACAAGGGCUGUGGCCAGGCCUGGGCCUGGACUGCAAACCUCUGUGGGGACUAAAAGAACAGAACCAAAACAAAGAGAGACUGAGCCAACGCUGUCCAGCAGGGACACUCAGGCCUCCACCAGACAGUGGGGCAGAAAUGUGACCCAGUGGACAGGGGAAUCUGGGCAGAAAGACGCAAAGUUUCUGGAUGGGGAGCCCCUGCCGUCGGCCCGAGGCCCCUGCUACCUGAAGGAGCUGGUGGUUGUGUCAAUUCUGCUGGUGCUCUGCCUCAGUCUGCUAAUCACCACGCUUCUGUACGUCAUUAGAAAGCGCUGCCGCAGCCGAACGUCCCCACAGGCAGGAACUCCGAGCAGAGACUCUGACAGAAGGACCCCUGUGGAGCAGGAGGCCCUCAGGGGGAACCAGUUUCUUAGCAAACGCAACGGACAAGCCCCACACAGCGGACAGGCCAGUGGGUUAGUAUGUAAUGGGGCACUCACAGGCUCUAAUGGGCAUUUGCCCAACACCCCCAUCUGAACAGUCCCAGACAUUUAAACUGUUUGAGAUGAGGUCAACAGUGAAGGGAGGUCAUCCCAGGUACUAGAGUCACCAUGGUGACUGUCAGUCAGCCCAGUGGGAGGUUCUGUUUGCACAGCCGAUGACACUGCACGAAUACUGUGGACUUUGCUUCUGAUGUGUAAGAGUUUUAUCUAAUAGGAUGAAAGAAACUCUUCCUGUGGUACUUAAAUGGAGUCUCAUGACUGUGGACGUGGGGUGUUUUUGUCGUUGACAGACUGUAGUGACUGGUCCUGUAGCCACUACUGGAUGCUGAUUAAUUUUGUUUUGACGUGUACUCGGGCAAGGCAAUAAACCAACGAAAACUUCCUUUGCGUUUGAAAUAAUAAUGUUCAUUUAAUUUCUUGCGGAAGCCACAUACUUAAUACUUGUCCACAUAAAUUAUAAACAGAAAAACGCACAAGCACAGGCACAAGCACAAGCACAAACACAGUCGAAAACUGUUUGCUUCUCCCCUCUAAUCAGCCACACCUGUGUAACACUGAGUAACCUCAAGUAACCUACCUGACCCCCGCCAACAUCUGGGUAGAGUCAGUAAACAAAGGAAAUACUGCCCCCUGUAUUUUGGAGGUACAGAAUAAAUAAAUAAACACAACAUGGCUCCUACACAGACACUGAAACACAGUGGCUGUUGUGUUCUGAUUGUUCUAUGUGUUUUCACUUACUAAACGGUAACUUUUGAGGCAGGAAGGUACAAGCUCAUCUAGUACAGCUGAUUCUUUAAAUAUUUUUAUAGACUAAUCAGUAUGUCAUGCAAAGCCAGUGACUGCGAAGCAUCUCUUUUUAUGGGAUAAUUGCAUUUUUAAGCGUUAAAUCAAAACACACAUGACCAAAAUGUUAGAUUGUAAAAUGGCCGUGUAUGCAACUCUGCCAAUUUGCUUUGCCAAACACAUUUUGGAGGAAAUAUAGUUGAUGCUCGGUUUAUGUACAGUGGCCAGGUGUUUCCCAGUCCAGUAUGUCACAAGUUCCUGUAACAUAAAUAGGUGGUUGGGGUGGAUGACUGUAGGCAGAUUCAUCUACACUUGGAAAAGGCUACAGAGGUCAAGCAGACUUGUUUAUCUUUUGUUUGUGAGACGAUAUUACACUCAUAAUGUAAACGUGCCUUGGCUACAGUUGAGGUGAUGCUUUGGUGAAGCUGUUGGGUCAUCUCACUGAUUUCCUGUGCGUCAUACACACUGGACAUCCAGUCAGAAUAAAUUGGAAACUUGCACCAAGUCUCCAGAAUGCUUAAUAAAUUUCCACCAGUAAUCCAAUGACUAUUUAAAGGGACAAUUCACCCAAAUAUCAAAAUGACAUAUUUUUGAAUCUGCACUACUAGUUUAAUUGUUUUGGUGUGAGGGCAGAUAUCUCUACAGCCAAUAUCUCCAACCCUUGACAACUCACACCUUAACAAUCUAGAAUGAUCAGUAGCACCAUAGGUAAGAGGAAAUAUAUAUGUUUUUGAUUUUAGGAUGAACUGUCCCUUUAAAAAACAAAAUCCAGGCACAGUUGUUCCAAGGAAAACUGCUCUCACAACAGAGCCUGACUUCUCUGCGCUGUCAGCCCACCAUGUACUCACACAAACCAGGGGGCAUUGCCUUGUGUUGCUACAGUAAAAACUAGUAAACCAUACGGGGGUCGGGGAGAAAUCCCGUACGGAUACACGAAUAUUACAUUAGCCAGGUUGCAGUGCAUCUAAACAUGGUGUCUGAUUUCCUGCUUAAUCUGAAAAAUGCUUGCCUUCAGUACAAUCAGCAGUUUUUUUAUAUCGUAUUGGGCUCACUGACAACAUUCUCUGUAGUUUAGAUACUGGAUUUUUAGAUGGCAAUAUGAUGACCAUCCACCCCAAUUCUCCUUUAGAAAACCAGCUCCAUUUUUUCUAAUUUUUGAAAAUCUAGAACAAAUAAACAUCAUCAACAAACUCACUGAAUUUGAAGUGUUAUUUAAUUAUGUUUUUGGGCAAAACAUACAGUACUUUUGCACAUUUGCAGUAAUGGAUCUUUGAGUCCUUUGUCCUUGAUACAAAUGUGAAAAAAUAGUUAAGUCCUCUUUUUUGCAGGUUUUGCAUGUUUUUGUCCAUUUUUUUAUGCUUGCAUUGCCAUGAUUUUGUAGUACGUUUAUGUCGAUCCUGAUGUCUUAUUCAUACAGUCUACAUGCACAAGCACUGAAAGUAGCAUAAAUCUGUCCAUAACUGAAAAACACA